AAAUGAGUCACAGUUCUAUGGAAAGUGUAAAACACUUGCACUUGUCGAGGCCCGUGGCAGAGAAAUAUCCUCGGGGAGGAGAGCGAGACUUCCUCUGGGAUGGUCCCACAGAAAGUUGCACAGAAUUUCUUGAAAUAUUAGUUACAGAACAAACCAUCCCUCCAAUGAAUCCACCCAUUACAUGGAACAGAAGCCGGUCGAACAGGCUCUGAUAAACGAAAGCAGAGGCAAAUGAAACCAUUUUCUGGAGCUUCACGGUCACUCCUAAUAAAAAAAGAGAAAGGAAAACACACAGAGAUAAAGAAAGCGAGGGACGAGUGAGAGAGAGAGAGAGAGAGCGAUAGAGAUAGAUAGGUGGGGGACAGAGCGCACUGCCGUCUGCACAGGAGCCGAGUCUGUGCGCGCUUUCCUGCCAAAAAUGCGCAGGCAGCGGCGCUAUUAAAACGUGCUCUGUCAAACUGAAAGACGUAGGCUGACAAAACGCCCAGCGCCCCCUCGAAGAAACCGGAGCCAGUGGGAAGGAUGCUGCGCUUACGAGAAGCAGGUGUAUCCAGACAAGUGGAGGGGACGCAGGGAACCGAGCGGGAGCGACCCGCUGGAGCCGCUGGACAAAAGCACCUGCUUCAGAGGAACAGCCCGCAGUCUUCGCCGCUUCUUUCCUUUUUUUAAUAGCUGGAUUUGGUCCCUCGAGAUGUACAUCUGGCAUCCAGAGUGGGGAAUAAGGGCGCGAUGAGACUGAGACAACUAAUUUGGAAAACACCUUAGGGGACAAGAGAAGAAAACAAAGAUAGUGUGUCCGUCUUUGUUGAUCACAGAGACCUGCUGACAUGCCCGGGACGGUCUCCUCGGCGCCGCCGCUCUACAUCGGCAUGGAGGUCCUGAUCGCUGUCGCCUCCGUGAUCGGGAAUGUGAUGGUGGUUUGGGCGGUGAAAAUUAAUAAGUCCCUGCGAGACACCACGUUUUGCUUCAUCGUCUCCCUGGCUGUGGCGGAUAUUGCGGUGGGAGCGCUGGUCAUCCCCCUGGCCAUCACGGUCAGCAUCGGACUUGAGACUUACUUUUACAGCUGCCUGCUCGGGACGUGCACCAUGCUGGUGCUGACGGAAAGUUCAAUCCUGGCCCUGCUGGCCAUCGCGAUUGACCGCUAUCUCAGGGUCAAGAUCCCGACCAGGUACAAGCGGGUGGUGACGUCCCGGCGGGCCGGCCUGGCUGUGGUGAUGUGCUGGACGUUGGCGUUCAUCGUGGGCCUGACGCCCAUGUUGGGGUGGAACAAUCUGAAGCGCCUCCAGGAGAACGGCACCAUCGGCCCGGACCUCAUCGUCACCUGCGGGUUUGAGACCGUCAUCAGUAUGAAGUACAUGGUUUACUUCAACUUCUUCGGCUGCGUGCUGCCGCCUCUGCUGUUCAUGCUGGUCAUCUACGUGGAGAUCUUUUACAUGAUCCACAAGCAGCUGAACAACAAGAAAAUCACCUCCAGCUUCUCAGACCCCAACAAGUACUACGACAAAGAGUUGAAUCUCGCCAAAUCUCUUGUCCUGGUGUUUGUUCUGUUUGCCAUCAGCUGGCUCCCCCUUCAUGUCAUCAACUGCAUCACUUUGUUCUGUUCCCAGUGCGACAAGCCGAUGGUUCUGCUCUACAUCGCCAUCCUGCUCACUCACGGCAACUCUGCCGUCAACCCAAUCAUCUACGCUUUCCGCAUCAAAAAGUUUCGCACUGCGUUUCAGAAAAUAUGGAAGCAGUACUUCUGCUGCAAGGAGACGCUGGCGUUGGACUUCCAGCAAAGUGACAGAAAAGACACGCCCAACGUGGAGCCAAAACCUGCCGCGUCGCCGCAGCCCGCGCACGUUAGCGUCUUUAAAUCGUAUCCUUCGCUGGAGCUGCAGCCGCCUCCGCUGGAGCUCCAGGACGAGCAGAAGAUUAAAACACCUCAGCAAACUUACAAACUUCCCCCUUUUGUCGAGCAGAGCGUAGCCUGAGCGAAGGAGGGAGAUGGAUGGCUAAAGAAAUAACCUCUUGUGCAAAAGCGGUGGCUCUCUCCUCAUCUGAAUGUAGUUUGAAGAGAGCGGAUCACAGCAAGUUGCCGCAAAGCUCUUGCAAUUAGCAACGUGGGUCUGUGGAAGAUUGUUCGUCCUCAGGAACAGCAUACAUGCACAAAACAGUGCAGGCAGCGUACUGAGAAGCCUGCAAUGUCUAUUUACGUGCUUAUCUUAGUAAGAUACUGAGCACAUGAAGCUUUAACUGUACUAUUACUUAUGGUGAAGCAGUUUGUGUGAACAUUAGAAAAUGUGCAAUAUAAGUUAUUGUGGUUUGUCAAGUAUCGACAUCUCCAUGUUACGACUUGCCUGAACAUUUAUACAUCAGAUAGAGCAGGGUAAUCUUACUACUUUAAUACUGUGUACAGACUGACUCUGGCUAAAAAAAAUAUAUAUGAAUGUAAUCGUGUAAAUAUGAGACGGCAUUCACUUGUGAAUGCUCGACUUAAUCUUCAGGGUCUAAAUCGCACAGCGACGUGUGCAGGAAGCAGUGUUAAGGGACGGAACAACGCAAUGAGAGUUCGUGUCUCUCCUCUGGAGCUCAGUCAGGCCUCAGGUGUUCCAGCUGCAGUUUCCCGUUGCAGACGAGACGGACGGGGACAUGAACAAGCACACAGAGGCUUUAAAAUUUUAAAAGCUACAUGCAGGACACUUGUAGCAGCUCACAGGGGAAAAACAUAAGAUGCUCUUAGAUCUCAUGUUUGUUCAGUCUCCACGUCAGAAAGCUGCGAGUGACGUUUUCUUUAGCUCCUUGUCAUCGCUACAUCACGACAGUUUACCAUCACCAACUGUGGCUUUCAGGGCCUUGUUCAAAUACUCAACCGAACACUGACUAAAUUCUGAAAUGUCAACCUGAAGAUUGUGAGUUUAACCUGUAAGCUUAUUAUUUUGCAUCUUGCCAAACUGAAGCAUCUUCAGAUUCAUAAUUAAACUAUGUUCAAUGCCUCUUAAAGACAGGAUGUAAAGCUGUUUUUGUCUCUCCGUUGUUCUUAUUUAAUAAUCUCACACUUGAAGGGAUAAUUUGGUGAGGUUCUGCUGAAAUUUUAUACAUAUUUAGCGUCUUACCUGCUGUUGCUAAAGCUCUUGGCAUCCUCAUUUUGUUUAAAUCCAGAUUAGCUGUAACUUAACAGCCACUUCAAGGUGGCCAAAAUGAACAUUUAUCCCUUAAAAAUAACUCGUUUAAAAAAUAUUAUAGCAGUUUAUGGGAUGAAUCUAUAAACUACAUUUGUUAUUGGGUGAUUAUUUACAGAAUGUUGAUUAUUAUUAGUCCAGGAAAUAGAGGUUGAAGGCAGUGCACCACAAAUGAUUGUUCUAGAAGAAAAGCCUUCUGAGAAUGAAACGUGUAAGGAAUCCAGGAAUCACAAAAAUAAUAUUCACCUGAACUGCUCUAAUAUUUGUAAUGCCAGGGUGGCCCACAGCAAACUUCUGCUGCAAUAAAACUACAUUACAUCUGAAAAGUUGAAGCUCUUCACAAAAACCCUACUUAUAUGAAACCUUUAUUUCAUUCUUUUUAUUUCAUUCUUUCACUGAGUUGUUAUUUACACAGAAGUCAAUGAAUAUUUACAUGGGAAAAGAAGAUAGUGAGUGGUGUUUCGCUAGUGAUCUUCCUAAGUGAAACAUACUGAGAAUGGAAAAUAAAAAGCAAGCUAAAGCAAAAAUGACUAAUACAGCAUUCAAUUAAAUAACUAUAAUGUUUUCCACUUUUCACAUGUUUUUCAUCAGCCAGUUGGUUUGACUGCACCAUCUAGAGAAACCAGUUUCCCUGUGUACAUAUUUAUCAGUUUGUGGGUAAAUAACCACUUAACUAAAAUGUGACAAAAAAAAAUAAAGACAGUAUUUAUGCAAACUUCCAUGACAUUCUCAAAAGUGGAGUUGUUUUAAGGAUGCUCCUCUCUUUCAAGGUCAGGAUUUGUAUCCAUUUGUUGUAAACGCUUCUGUUUUAAGAAGGAG